AUGUCGCGAUACGAUGACGUCACGUCGCGAUACGACGACGUCACGUUGCGAUCCCCCCCGCAGGGCGACGUGGAGGAGGACGAGGCGGUGCCGGACAGCGAGCAGGACAUCAAGCCGCGGUUCCACAAGUCGCGCACGGUGACGUUGGCGCACGAGGAGCAGCGGGGAGGGGACGGCGACGGGGACGGCGACGACGAGGACGACGACGAGACCCUCUCGGACUGGAACCUGCGUAAGUGCUCGGCCGCCGCCCUGGACGUCCUGGCCAACGUGUUCCGCGAGGAGCUGCUGCCCCACCUGCUGCCUCUGCUCAAGGAGCUGCUCUUCCACCUCGAGUGGGUGGUCAAGGAGUCGGGGAUCCUGGUCCUGGGGGCCAUCGCCGAAGGCUGCAUGCAGGGCAUGGUGCCCUACCUGCCCGAGCUGGUGCCGCACCUGAUCCGGUGCCUGGCGGACAGGAAGGCCCUGGUCCUGGUUGUAGGGGAUCCUGGCUGCAUGCAGGGCAUGGUGCCCUACCUGCCCGAGCUGGUGCCGCACCUGAUCCGGUGCCUGGCGGACAGGAAG